GUCUUUCUGCUCAAGGCAGAGUCCAGGGGCUGCCCAUCCAGAAACUGAACAGACCUGUACUUGUGUAUAUACCUGUGUAGCUUCAGCAAGGUGGCUGCAUCCGGUGCCUUCAGCCCAUGUACCUUUGGAGGUCCCUGCCCUGGAUGUUAGACUCCUUCUAGGAAGCCUGGGCUUGAAGCUGCCCAGUUGCUGGGAUGCUGCCGCCCAAGAAGCAGCUGCAACAACAGCGCCCUCGGAGUGCGGCUGACAGGCUACCUGUUUGCGCCAAACUGAGGCCACGGUCGGCAGUAGCAAAUUGGAAUGUGUUAGCAGACAAAACUGAGUCUGUAGCAGCAGUGGGAGCAUGGGUGGAGAUUGCCCAAGAUUAUGCACAGCGAGAAGAGAGCCUAGCUUUUGCUACAGCAGCUCAAAUUGAAGAGGAAUACAAAGAGCAACAAAACGAAAAAGAGAGGGUUCUGAAACGCUUUCAAGAGCAGGUGAAACGCAGAGUGAACAAGCACGUGAAGCUGAGGGAAAAACAGCAGCUCCAGAAAUCCUACGAAGCAGCUCAAAAAGAAAGCUCCGUUGUGGUAAAGUUUUCAGAUUCGGCAUUGCAGUUGACCCCCAAGAAAAGCACAUGUUUGUACAGAUACAACAAGGACUCUGCCAUCUGCAGUUCUAGCAGUAAACCCUUCUCUCUGCAACAGGCUAGUCACACACUGCAGUUGGGAGAGGUGCAAGAUGUGCCGUUUGUGGAGCAUGCCAAAGCUGUAAGAAAGACUGUCCAGCAGGUGCGUUACAGGCUGGCUUCCCGCAAAACUGUGACAGAUGGGAAAACAUCACCAGAACUUCCAGGAGGUGUUUGGGAGAGUUGUCCAAGCAUACUGAGGUUUGGCAUUGAGCCAGUCAUGGUGCAAGUUUUUGUUGUUGUUAAGAAGUCGGCUUCUCACAAGACGACAACUGCAGAAAACCAAGAAGAGGAUGACAAAAGGGCGUUUCCUCUGGUGGGAUACCAUGACCUUCCAGCAGAACUCCAAGAAAUGCAGAAACAAGAAGAGCCGGGCAAAGGCUUAUACUACACCAUGGAGUUUGAAAAGAUCGGUAGCAACCUGAUGAGGGAUUCUUAUCCAGCGGACUCUCUUUCAGAAUGUGGCACUGAGACUCGCACGGCUCUGACACUUUGGCCUGGAAUAGACGAAGAAGAGUCAAGGAAGCAGCGUCAGAAUCAGUAUCUGAGAUACAGGCGUCUCUUCAUGGAUAUUGAAAGAGAACAAGUAAAGGAGCAGCAAAGGCAGAGGGAGUUGCAGAAGAAAAUGGAGAAAAUUAAGAAGAAAAAGGAGGAUCAGCGCCUUGCAGAAGAGCAGAAGUUACAAGAGAGGACCUCCCAAGGACAGUCUGAUUCUGGGGGAAAGGCUUUUGAAAAGCUGGAACAACUUAAGCUGGAGGACAUGACAGAGAAGAAAAAGGCAGUGGAAAGACAGCAGAAAAACAAAGAAUAUUCCAGGUAUGUAGAAGCACUACGUGCCCAGAUGCGGGAGAAGAUCAAAAUGUAUCAAAUCGACUUGCCUCCAUUGUGCUUCUGUGGAUUGGAUUUCUGGGACUCUCAUCCUGAUAGCUGUGCCAACAACUGUAUGUUUUAUAAAAAUCACAAAGCAUACGCUCAAGCUCUGCAGUCUGUCAUGUCAUCUUGUGAUGUGUUUGAUGGGGGUUCAAACACAAGACUUGCUGUCCACACCUUUGCUACUGUGCACGCUCGCGCUCAUUCUCGUUCUGAGAAGAAUCCCUGAAAGAUACCACUGGAAUUGGGGGUGGGGGUCUUGCCGCCUCCCCUCCCCCGUUAAAGUCCCUGCAAGUAGGUGACUGGACCCAUCUGUGUGCCUAACCACCUCUGGAUGGUGACCCAGGCCCUAUAAGAAAUAAAUCAGAAAGCAGUCCUGCCCCAAAGUACUCGCUCUUCGGUCUUGCCCUAACACUCUGGACUUCUCUCCUGCAAGAUACUGCUAUGUCAAAUAUAUUAUUUUAUCAAAGGGGUCUCUGAUCAGUCCAAGCCUGCAUCUCCAUGCAGACCCAGCCGCAUCUGACUCAUUGGACUCCAAGAUUUGAGACUUGUUCUUCAUCGCACAUGAGGCUUUGAGGGGCAUCUAUGUCCCUCUCUCCUACCCACUUGAUAACGCUCAUCCAUUUCAUUCAGAACUGGCCUGGUCCUAACCAUUCUUCCCUUCACCUCCAGACUCUGAAGGUGCAGCUUGUGAAACUUCAAUCAUGCAGCAAAGUGCUACAAGAAGGUGAUCGCUCCAGGGGAACAGAACUUAUGCUAGUAACAAUGACGCUUAGUAAUGCUGAGACAAAAGAAUUCUGUGAAAUUUCCCCUUCAGCAUGCUUCAGGUUAAAAGCACAAGGUUUUGUUCUUUAUGAUAGUAGCUGUACAAAUGGGAAUCUGCGGUUCAAUAUUUGGAAAUGGUAAGCGAAUGAGCAGAAUGGCAUGUGUUUUCCCAUUUAUUAUAAUUGGCUCCAUAUCUCUGUUUGGAACAAUCUUUUUAGAAAAAGAAGAAAAAUGUUAAGAACCUUAAGGGGAAAUGUUUUCUGCUGUUGAUGGCAAAGGAAGUUGUUAUGGGGUGCCAGGUUCUUUUGACCCAUAACCUGACCAAAUCUAAAGUGUAGUAUUGGUACCUGGAAUAGCAUAGCUCCUGUUACAUGUUCUGUAGCUACCCAGCAGGCAGAAAUAAUUUUUGGAUGUGUGAAGAGUGUGAUCAAACUGCUCUCUUGCAUAUUUUACUUAAAUUGUUUAUAACAAUGGCGAAGGUGUGGGGGGCACAAAUGGGCAGGCUCUUUUUAUUUAUUUUGUGAGUUCAUACAGUGUGUGAAUACCUAAGAAUGCCAUUUGCAAUUGCAGAUGCUGUAUUAACUAUGUGUCCAACAGCUAGACUUUUGAAAUGAUGAUAUUGGUUAUCUCCCCCACCCUGCAAAAAAAUAAGUUUCUUGGUCAGCACUUGAUUGGAAGAAGACAGCUGUUAGACCCUCGAUAAAGAGGUUUGUUUUAACAGCUAAAGGUGCUCAUUCCUCACUACUGGGAUUAUAUUCAGGCAUAAUGAUGUAGUGGGCAUCCAGAUUACUGCUACUUCCCUUAUAGGUCACUCUGAGUAUUGGCACAUAUUUGCUUGGAACCACCACAAUCUUUUUCCUGACUUAAAUAUUAGGAUGGAAGUAAUCUUGAAAUCCACACUAUGCUCUUGAAAUACACCCUUUCAAGCUUCUGUUGAUUAUCUGGUCAAUGUCAAAACACUAUUGCUAAUAAAUCUUAGCAUAGAUGUGGCAAUAAAAACUGGUAAGUCAGUACUGGACAAAUUUAAUGGCUGUCGCAAACUCGCCAUCCCCCCUCCCCCUCCGAAAGUAUCAUUUCAAAGGGCAGGCAAUGGGUUAUUUUUGUAACCUGAACACAAUUUUAAAGGUGAUAACAUUCCAAAUGUAUGGAAAAUUUGACAUUGUGUUCCUGCAAUUGAUUUGUGCUAGAUUAUGGUUUUACAGAAGUAAUAAAUAUUUGAAUAUC